AUGGAACAGUACUACAAUUUCAGUGAUGAAGACGAAAGAGAAGAUGAAAUUUUGGAUCGAGCGAUGGAAAGAUGGGAGCAAUUGGGAGGAGGCGGUGUGGUCAGUGGGCCCCUCUUUAAGUUCAGAUUGCGUGAAAUUGGAAAACGUCGUACCUGGAGAGAUGUUGUGCAGCGGCAGCAAUUUGAUGUCGAAUUAAUUCAAUUACGGGAUGCCCACCCCAGUGACAAUAUUGGUAUAGCCUUAACAGAAAGUUUAUACAACGCCAUUGAAAAUGAACUCAUUCGACAAAACAGACCUGCCCAUCACUUUAUAAACUUUGCCAUCACGGCAAAUUCUUUCGCACACGCUUAUCAGACUACAAAUUUCACGGUCGGUGAAUUCCUACAACGGACUGCAAGAUUGGAUGAAAUGUUACAAAAACUUGCAGGCAAGCUAAACAGCAACGAAGCAUUUAACCCUAGUCAGGGUUUCUCCGUCGAUGUCGUCUUUGUAAAAAUGCCAGGAAAAGGUAAAGGUCGCAAAAAAAACAACCCUGGACAAAGGUGUUUGGAUAGAGAAAACAAAAAAAAAAAGUGCAUAAUAACCAUCAACAAUCAAGAUGACUUGUGUUGUGCUAGAGCCAUAGUGACGAUGAGGGCCUACUGUCACAAAAACGAGGGAAUGGACGAGUUUAGAAAAUGGGACAAUCUCAAGCGUGGGUAUCCCGUGCAGAAAGGUGAAGCGCAAGAAUUGCAUCGUCAAGCGGGUGUACCCGAGGGGGCAUGUGGUUUACCUGAGCUAGAACAGUUUCAACAAGCACUGGGUCCAUCGUACCAGUUACUAGCCAUGAUACGCAUGCAUCCCUUCUAUCUUUUCUAUAAAGGACCUCCCGCACCUAAUCAAAUUUGUCUCCUCAAAAGCAAUAAUCAUUAUGAUGGUUGUACCAGUUUUUCCGCCUUCCAAAAUCGCUCCUAUUACUGUAUUGAAUGUGAAAGGGCGUUCAACACUAAUGAUAAAUCACACCACAGCUGUCGAGGCAAACGUUGCACGGCAUGUAGCCGUUUUAACUGUGAAGAUUAUAUUCCGGGAACUCAACCCUCAGAUUAUUGUUCGCACUGCCACACCAAGUUCUUUGGGAUUCAUUGUAAACAGCAUCAUUUUGCAAGCAAUCAAUGCGAAACGCAAAAAACAUGCCUUCAGUGUCAGGGUCAGUAUGCAGUAAUUAAUGGCAAAAGACAUCGCUGUGGCUACGCGAAAUGUAACGUCUGUAAAGAAUACGUGUACAUAAAUAACCAUCGAUGUUACAUUCAACCUGUAGUACAAGAGAAAGAGGUAGAGGAGACUGAGGAACCAACAGAGGAGGGGGGAGGUAGCAUGGUGGCGCCACCCCCUCCCCUGUUUGUUUAUGCAGACAUUGAGGCUUAUCAGAAUGAGGAGAAUGUAUUUAUUGCAAACCUAUUAUGUUAUUCUUCGUCGGAAGAAGAAGACAUCCAUGUAUUGGACGGAGACAAUUGUACUCUGCAAUUUCUUCAUGAACUCGAUGAUCUUGCAGAAGUGCCAGACAACAUUGAACAACAAAGAGAAGUGAUUGUGGUCUUUCAUAACUUAAAGGCGUUUGACGGAAUUUUCAUCAUCAAUGAACUCUAUCAACAGCAAAGACAAGUCAUUAAUCAAUUAACAGUUGGAGCCAAGGUCCUGUCGUUUACAAGCGGACCCUUGAAAUUUAUUGAUAGUUUAUCUUUCCUUCCAAUGCCAUUGGCAUCUUUUCCUGCAACUUUUAAUUUGAAGGAAUUGAAAAAGGGGUUUUUCCCCCAUUUGUUCAACACGCCCGAAAACCAACAGUACGUGGGCCGAAUACCGGAUCUCGAAUUCUACGACCCUGACGGUAUGAUGCCUGCCAAAAAAGAAGAACUCCUACAUUGGCAUGAUGAACAAGUUAGACGCAACGUGACCUUUAUUUUCAAGGAGGAGUUGAUUGCAUAUUGUAAAUCGGAUGUCCAAUUGCUUAAACAAGGGUGUAUGAAAUUUCAACAGGAAUUUUCACGUGAGGCUGGAUUUAAUCCGAUGGCUCACUGUUUUACUAUCGCCAGUGCCUGUAAUUUGUAUUGGCGCAAGCACCAUUUAGAGCCGAACACAAUUGCCGUCGAACCCAUUAGAGGAUGGAGAGGGGCAAAUGUUAACCAUUCCCUGAAAUCCCUACAAUGGCUUUAUUUUCAAGAACAACUUAUCCCCAAGAAUGGGGCAUCAGCGGACAGAAUCCGGCAUGUCCGCAAUGGCGGCGAACAAACCGUACGCACUUCCACAAGCAUCUACUACGUCGACGGGUACGACGCCAGUACAAACACGAUUUAUGAGUUUCACGGAUGCCUCUACCACGGUUGCCCCACCUGUUAUCCCAUGCGAGACAUAAAACAUUAUUGUGCUCCAGAUCGUACUGUUCAAGAACUCUACAAUGCCACUGAGGCUAAGAGAACAGCUUUGCUCCAUGCAGGUUAUAAUGUUUUUGAAUGCUGGGAGUGCCAGUGGGACGAGCAGGUCAAAACUAAUCAAACAGUUCAACGCUUUCUUGCCUCAUUCGAUCUUGUUGCGCCAUUGAAUCCGAGAGAUGCUUUUUAUGGUGGCCGUACGGGAGCUGUCGUCCUUCAUUCCGCGGUAGGGGAGGGGGAGGAAAUUCGCUAUGCCGAUAUUACCUCCCUCUACCCCUACGUCAACAAAACCGGCACCUAUCCCGUAGGACACCCUCACAUCAUCACGCAGCCAGCAGACCAAAGCAUUCAUUCGUAUUUUGGAAUCGCUCUUGUAGACAUUCUUCCUCCAGCUGGCCUCUUUCAUCCGGUAUUACCGGUCCGCUAUGGUAAAAAACUCACCUUUCCUCUCUGCAGUAAAUGUGUGCAAGAGGAGCAAACAAAGCCAAUGUUGCAGAGAACACAUUAUUGUUCUCACACAGAUGUGGAACGGAUGCUCAGGGGUACAUGGUGUACCCCUGAGAUAGAGAAAGCUAUUGAGAAAGGCUACCAAAUAAUCAAGAUCCAUGAGGUCUGGCAUUUUCCCGAGUCGCAAAGAAAAACAGGCCUCUUUGCUGAAUAUGUUGAUAAGUGGUUAAAGCUCAAACAAGAGUCGGCAGGGUGGCCGAGUUGGUGCGAGACCUUAGAACAGAAGAGAAGGUACAUACAAGAGUACCAGGAGCGUGAAGGAAUACGAAUAGACAUCAGCAAGAUUGCCAAAAACCCCGGCAGAAAAGCCACCGCGAAACUUAUGCUCAAUAGGUACUUGUUUCAUGUUGCAUUUUUUCGAUGCUGUCAUACCUCCUCUUCUCAUCUUAUUUCUUUUUUAUUUUCUUGCAGUUUCUGGGGCAAAUUUGGAGAAAAGUUGAAUAAGCCCACUACCGUGGCAGUGAAAGAACCCAGCCAUUUGUUCAGUUUACUAUCUGAUACGACCAAAGAGAUUUCAACAAUCCGAAUUUGUACCGAUGACAUCCUCGAGGCCGUCUAUACAAGUGUUAAUGAAAAUGCACCAAAGGGAACAAAAAACAAUAUCUUUAUCGCAGCGUUUACAACAAGCCUUGCUAGGCUCAAAUUGUAUGAGUCGCUCGACUUGCUGAAUCAGCAAGUCCUGUACAUGGACACUGAUAGCGUUUUCUACAAGUGGAGACAUGGUCUCAAGUCGAUCUCCACUGGAGAUUUCCUAGGACAAAUGAAGGAUGAACUCGAAGGGGACGUCAUCACCGACUUUGUGUCGGCCGGAGCUAAAAACUAUGCCUACCUGACCCGUGGAGGUAACAGCGUUUGCAAGGUACGAGGAUUCACUUUAAAUGCACGUGGUUCCGCCAUCCUGAAUUUUCAGUCAAUGAAACAAAACAUAUUGGAUGAACUACACAUCCCGCAAGACUCUCGUCGCAACUUGAACAUUGUCACCCCAUAUCAUUUUCAACGAGAUGUUGAAAAAAAACAAAUACGGGUUGUUCCAAGGGUCAAACAGUACGGUUUAGUUUUUGAUAAACGUGUACUAAACACGAAUGCCGUCAGUUACCCUUAUGGCUUUCGAAGGAUUGGCGAUGAACUGCAACUGUUACUAGAUCUGUAA